GACAGAAAGAAAAACAAGAGCAUAUCGUAGUGCGAUCGUGGUGUAAUAAUUUUAAGUUUUUAUUUGAUUGUUCAUCGAUAUAUACAUGGUAUCAUGCAAGGAGCGAAUGUUAUAAUUAGUAGCCAAUGUUAUUUAUCAAUUUUGUAUGUUUAUUAUAUCUGAUGGUGCAUGUUGACAGCCACACUAUAUCUAAAAGUAUUGAUAACGACCAAAGAGUAGAUGAUAUAUUUGACUCUAUCACCGACUUAGAAGGCACGAGAAGCCCCAAGCAGAGGAGAGACAGGAUACAACACAAGUACAAGUCAGACUACAAAGAUGAAUUCGUGAGACCCGAGUAUGUCUUCAAAGACACCAAACUGUACUCAGAUACAGACAGGACGACCCAAAAAGCAAGUCCAAAGCCUUCCACAGAACACUCCAAACACCACAAGUCACCAAAACGGAGAGUUGGAAGUUUCUGGAGGAAACUCAGAGGCAAAGAUAAAAAGAUCAAAAAUGAAAAUAUUUCAAGGAGUCGAAGAAUAUCGAAUAAUCGAGGUUUUGCACCAAAGUAUACCAUCGCUGCAGUUCACCGCUCCAGCCAACUCAAGAAUAAGAAGAAAAAUAAAAAUGCAUUCACCCCACGCCCGGAAGUUGGACAUGGGGUGGGUACCCCACACCCACCUGACGGCAAAUAUGUUAAGAGGGACCUCGAUACUGCGAUCACCGAAAAUCUCCCAGCUAUUGCGCACUCCUCAACCGCUGCGCCAAUAUCCAACAAGAAUCCUUACUCGUCGCGCUCCAACUGCAAGCUACGAAUCGGCAUAACGCCCCAAUCCGACAACAUGCAGAAAAAUAAAUUCAGAAUAAAAACUGUAGAACCUUACAAGAUGACGGAGAGGGUUGUGGACCCGUUGGAGGAAUCGGAGGCAUCGCAGAGCAGUGACAGCGGUUCUUUAGAGACCUUAUCUACGCAGCUGGCGCAGCUAAAAGAGAAAUAUGGAUUAACUAAAGCCAGUUCGACCUACACUUUAUCGGCAUCAAAACACAGAACAGAAACUUCGACUCCCAAAAGUACGACGGCUACUGAAGCAGAGUUUGGAGGCACGGCACAAAUAGAAGCAUUGCUAGACGAUAUCAAGAUGAAAGCCAUAGCAAGGAUUACUCAAGAAAGUCCCAUGGUGACCGAUAUUAUCACUAACACUGUCACAGAGGCGACUUUCGAAGUUGACCAUCUACUCUCACAGGUCACGCCAGGAUAUAACAAGGACGCUAUCGAGUCAUCAAAUGAUAUUUCCAAACGUAAUGCUAAAAGGACCGUUUCGUCUGAGGAUGAAAAUAAAAUCUAUCUAAAAGAUCCUACAUCAACACCUAGUACAGAGUCUCAUUAUGUAGCUGCUCGGUCGAUCAAGGAAGACACAAUAACUAUGGCCCACAAUGUAGAAGAUAUGUUGCAGAGGGAACUGAAGAACAUUUACAAUAAAGUUAAACAUAAAGUGUCCAGCGAUUUCCGUAAAGAAAUUAACAAAGCUAAAUGCACGAUUAAAGAAGGUCUUCAUAAAAUAUCUACCUGUGGUAAAUGUAGUAAUAUCACCACCACUAAGACAACUGUAAGAAUGACAACCCCUACAAAGAAGGCACAGAUAGUUAGUCAAAGCCACAAGUCUGUUGCUACAGAGAGAGAAAAGGCAACGUCUAGACAUGCCCGGAACACUCCGACACUUAAGACUACUCCGAAGUCAGAUUUAGAAUUCACGAAGGUUACUUAUGAUGACUAUGUGAUGCUGACUCUAUACGAAGAGAUGCUAGCUAAAACUCACGAAGAAAACGUUAGAAAAAUGCUUGCGACCGCUAACGUAACACCUCCGAAGAAGAGGAGGCAUCAUAUCAAGUUGUCCAAGAGAAAUCCUGAGACUCUCACUAAUGUCAAACUUAGAGAAGUGGUUGAGAAGUUGUACGAUGAUGGCGGUAACAUGCCUGAGUAUGAUUAUAUUGAGCCAUCAAUAAACGUGAACAUGUCAAUGCCGUCUUCUGACAUGCCAGACUUAGAUAGCGGGUCCCUGGAGCCGGUGGUUGUACCAGACACCAUUAUGGCGGAACCAGACCAACACAUCCACAAUUCAGUCCCCUCCUCAACGGUGUCUGGCACUGCGGAAGACCUAUCUGACACUAGUUUGGAAGGCUUGAGCAACAAGAUAUCGUAUAACGACUUCGUGAACGGUUACAAACACUACCUAAAAUUUCAGAAAGAGCAAAGUAAUCAGAACUUUUCCAACUUAGUGAAGUACCAGGCUCACAGGCAUCAUAGCGUCGAUGAUAUUGGAAAAUUUAUUCUUAAUAAGAUUCCUCCGUUGCCCUCUCUAAGGGGAAAAAGAUUUUUGGACGAGACUGACAUGGAUUACCAAGAGAUCACUACCAAAAGCGACGAUUCUUGGUUUAAAAGGCACUUUUACCUCUUCAUUGACAACGGUCCACCGAAAAAGUUUCACACAGCUCAAACUGUAGAGCUGAAAUCUGCUGCAACUGAAGCGCCGAAAACAUAUGUGACGAAUCCCAUGUUACCUCAACCUGUCCAAAAAGACCAAGUUUACAUCAACAUAGGUGCAGAUGAAGGACAGGUAGGACUUAGAACUACCAUGGAUACAUCAUCGAUGAAUUUGGAAGAUCUCUCGAAAGUUUUGGAUUCCAUCAAGAGCAAACAAACUAUAAGCCCCUACUUGAGAGGCUUAAAGACACAUAGCAAGCCUUAUGUCAUGUCCAACGCCACUGUUACAGAAAAUGCCAUUCUGCAAAUCAGAAUGAUGCCACAGAAUGUUAUUGGCAAACUUUUCGGAGGGAAUCGAAGACAGGCCCAUCCAAGAAAUCGAUGGACUUAUUCAGAUGACUGGUCACCUAUAGAUAUGUUCACAGAAACCCCUUCGAACAGAUGGAAGAGAACAGUGAAAGGUAGCGUCACUAUAAUGGAAGAUUUCAUCAACAAAGACCUAGAAGACAAACCGACUACCGGAUCGAAAGAAGUUUUCGCUGAACCAGCCAUUAAAACGAGAGAAACGAACAAAUACGGAUACGUUGACAUAGAUCUAGUGCCGAGACAAACGGCGGUCGUGAAGCUACGGGAGAACACGAAAAAGAGCAAAUUCAAAAACUUUUUUAAAAGAUUCCGUUUUAAGAAAAACAAAGGCAAAGCUAAGCAGAGUAAACGCUCGGCAAACGGCUAUUACGGGGAUGACACCUACGGCUAUGGACAUAGGCGAUCAAGGUUCAAUCCUAUAAAGAAGUUAAAGGAUAUGUUUCGUGUGAAACCUGAGCCUGGAAAAGAGGAGAGUCCGGUGUAUAACAUUCCACCGAACAUGCCCGAUUACGACAUGAUGACGUCACACAUAGAUACGUUCAAGCCUGUAAAGUAUGACAAGCCGAUGUCGCUUGAUGAGAUGCAGAGAGAGAUUCCUAACAUCAGCGAUAUAGAUGCCCUAGUGACGAAGCCGACGACGGGGCGCAGUUCGUUCCAUUAUCGGCUGGACGAGAAUGACAGCGCCUUAUUGUCUAAUGACCAUGCUUCUUCCCCCAUGCCUUCCCUGCCGGAGCAGAAGGUAUACUCUUCAGAAACUCCUCAAGCAACUCCACAAGAAUUGGACCUUCCAACUGACUGGCGUGAGGCAGCUGUUGCAAUCACUGGCCAAACCCUGAAAACAGCUCAAAAGGACCCGACACCAUUAACACCAGUAUACAAAACCACAACAGCAGCAACUACAAAGUCUACUACUAUUACAACACAAGCGACGACCACCAUCAGACCUACAGAGGACAAUGCCAAGAAGGCCAACAUUCACUUCAAUAAAAUCACCAAGACACUGAAAACAACAGUCCAGCAGAGGCAACCACCAAACAAUGUGAUGACUGUUAACCUAAAGACUUUGAAACCACCCAAAACUAAAUCCACCAGAGUCUCAAAAGUCACCAAACGGAGUACUACAACCAUGACAUCCACCUUCACUACCACCACAACUCCUCCUCCUCCUACAAUGCAAUCCACUGAAGUAUAUAAGGCUGAACCUGCUCAACUGUUCAAAACUAGUCCCUCAGACCUAUUUGACAGUUACUCCACAGACCUGUUUGACACAGAGGCCCCUCAUGUCAUGACGUUAGAUGAUAUAAACCUCAUACUACGAAACAUUCAACACAAACUCCAAAAAAUUACAUCAACCGAGUAUCCUAAGAUAUCGACGACCUUCUUCAAAAGAGGAACUAUGUAUGGCAGGAAAAACUAUAACAUUCCAGUAUCGAUACCUAAGCCACCGAGGGAAAUAGAGGAGCUGACGGUCAAAACAAAACUGACAAGGAUCGCUAAGUUCCCAAUUACAAAACGGCAGUAUAAAGUAAAGAAUGUACAAGAAAUACCAGUACACGAUGAAAGCGAUUACCCCGGCAUCAAUGACGAACAUGUAAAGGAGUACCCACGUUUAAGAAAUCGGAAUUCAGUCACAGACAUGAAAGUUGCCGGAAAACCCAAGCAGUUUUAUUCUUCUACGCCCAAAGACAGAUCGGGCAAAAAGAAGUACACAGACUUCUUCAAUGACUUAGUGAUGUGGCACAAUGAUAUACUGAACCUAGACAAAGUACCGAGCCCAGUGUGGAACGAUAUCUUGCACAAAGUUCAGGGGAACGCUGUGGAAAGUUACACUACUCCAAACAUGACCGACAUUUUGAAGGAAUUAAAGGAAAUGAACGAGUACUUGGCCGAAGCCGAUCUGGCUUCAAUUGAGAGAGUAAACCAUUCACAGAAGAUGGAGUCGUUCGACAUGCGGAGGCGUCCUAAAGUACAUAAGCAAGGAAUGAUUCAGAGCGUGGCCAUGGAUGAUAAUGCAAUAGUGACGAGCAAAGAUUUCUUGAUCCGAGGGGAAGCGAAGUACUACCAGUAUAACAGGCCUGGCUUAAUUGCGAAGAAGAUAAAGUCCAGUGACUUUAUCACGAAAUUAAACAGACUUGGUGCUUAUGAUGAUGAAGAAAUUAGCAAAGAUGUUCCUAGACGUUUAGAUCUUUCUUCUCCGUUCUACGACACGAAGGAGCCUGCGAUCCUAGUCGACACCACUCUCAUGGCAUACGACGAUGACGCUGAUUCCGUAACCAAAGGGUUAGAAGUCAAGAAACUGUCUAGAGAUUCGCAGAAAUCUAAAAAUUUUCCUAAGAAGCAUGGACAGGCAUUCACACCAUUUUUGAAGACGAACAAACCACCAAUGCAAUACUUCACGACGCCGCUACCGAUGAAAUCGAACGAAUUUAAUAAGUUCUUGAAAGAACACAUGAUGGACGUUGAGUCUGUUACCUCACCGACACUCGAGCUACCAACCUUUAAUAAUAACUGGGUCACUAGACCUCAUAAACAUCCUACUAGCACAGCUUUGAAGUCUCAAGCUGCAGUCACUAAAGCAAGUAUUCAAAAACUAGCAAAAAUAGACAGCUUAAAAAAAUUGAACAGUGAGCUACUGAAAUCUAUCAAUUACACCAGUCAGCUUAUGGUAAAAGCCAAGCCGGCUGAUCACUAUCAGCCUUCACCGCGGCCACAAGCGAACAGUAAAAAAAAUUCGUUUGAAGAUGAUUUUGAUAGACAAAAAAGGUACAGUGAGGUCAGCAAAGUGCCACGAGUCGCGUCAGUAAAGACAGAUAAGGUGACCCAAGAAGCCAACUACUAUAACAUGAUAAAGAAGAAAAUGAAAGAAAGAUUGUUUGAGAAGAAAGGUACACCAGCAGAACGCCCGUCACAUGAAACGGUCACACUAGAUCCUCGGAACAAAGAAGUAGAAAUCACUAUAAUAAACUUUGAUGAUAUUGAAAAACUAACUACGCCGCAGACUUACGAAACGUAUGCAUUACCAGCGAUAAAGAAAGAAGAUAAUAAUUUGAUGACCAUGCCCCCGUACACGACAGAAUUAGACAAGACUACAAUGACAACAUUACCAACAACAUCAACGACUGAAUUUGGGCCAAAAUUCGAUUUUGGUGUAAAAGAUGACAUGCAUAAUGGCUUACUUUACAAAGACAUUUUUAGAGAACAUGAUAAAACGACAACGACAUCAACAGAAUUUUCUACGCAGGAUAGUAAAAGCACAACUGAAUAUGUGGAUCCAUCUAUGAAUGAGACUCCCUCGACCACGAAAAUAAGGUACCCAUUUGAGAAGAUACCGCAGCUGUACCCAAAUAUUUUGGGGAAGAUGCCACACGUGAAGAAUUUCAACGCUGCUCCAAAGAGAGUGCAAAUCAGUAGCCACCACUACAAAUACGAUAUCUUCUAUGAUGACUCUAAGAAGAUUAUGAAGUCUGUUUUUGACUAUCAUACUAAAGAGCCCAUGGACGCGGUAGCAGUGGGAAACAAGAGAUCACAGCUGAGAGACAACAUCGUCGUCCUACGUCACCCAUCUGCUCCCAUUCGAGGAAAGCAAGGCACCGCCAUGAGUUUUGGGAAGAGAUCUCAACUGAAGGACAAUUACCCCAGAGCGCCUACUAUUUUUAGAAAAGGCGAGACAAAGAUUGAAGUAAUCAGAAAAAUCGACCGAACAGCGAAGAGGAACAGGCAUAUAAGAAGGGUUUCAGAAGAAGAAGUCACACACAAGCAUAGACUGUUUACGUGGCGCGGAUGCAAACCGAAGCCAGAUGGAGGACUGUCAGCGCCUGGAGAGAAUCCAGAGGACCAGUACACUCAGAAGGAAGUUCGGCCCUCCUUGAACCUCGGAAUCGCAGCGGUUACCGUGGAACCCAACAGCGGUGCCGUUACCGUGGGACUCCGUAACGUUGCCGCCUCGGUGGAACCUGACAUCACCAUACUCCGUGAAGUCUCCACACAGCAUGAUGUUGCCAUUAUUGCUGCUGUUACAGGUCGCCCAACUGUCAACCCUGGUUUAGCACCCAGCUCGCCCACGUCAGCGUCAGUGUCAGCCCUCACAGCAUCGAUGGCAGCCUCCACAGAAGGGACCCCACAACGUGGCUCUCUAAUCUACGACCUUAAACACCUUCGCCGAACCUCAGCCAGCCCAGCAAACAAAGACAAAAGCAAGGACAAAGACAGACAUAGGAGACUCUUCAAGUUAUCUGCACUAUUACAUGACAAAUUCAAGAGUCUAGUGAAAAAUUUGACGACAGCUAAGCGCGCCGACACAACAAUAUCGACCACAAAGCACGCGACAAAAGCUGACUCAAAGAGUGAUUCAGCCCCAACCACGCAACAUAGAGCGAAGAAGAAAGAAAAAGAAGAAGACAGAGAAGAUUUAAAAGCUGAAGGAAUAAGCUUUACUUGCGGGCCAAAAGAAAACAAAGAGCAGAAGGAGGAUCUGAAGUGUACGAAGAAACCACUUAACCCGAAAACGACGACCACAACAACAAUACAUCACAAGGAAAAAGAGACCGAGGUUGAGACUGAGGCGACGACUGAGACGCAGAAGCCACACUAUAAUAAGUGCUUGGAUCGCAAAGGCCACGUGGUCCAUGACCUACCAAACGAACCCAUUUACAUAGAGCCUGACAACUACAGCGAACAGGAAUACUAUGAACUAGGGCCGCAGCAUCACGAUCCGACGCCUCCGCCACCGCCCUGCCCCUCUGAAGCAACCUUCUUCGGCAAUCACAUCGAGAUCAAACGAGACGUUCAAACGCAACAGAAUACCUUCACAGCCAAAGACGUAGCAGCCUUAGAAGUGAUUGUAGAUCUCAUGAAGAACACCCUCAGCUAUGAGGAGAAGGAUAUAGCCAGCGUCUUCCAAACAAACAACUACAUGGCCUUACCACACGCCACAAAGUCCAUACAUCCAUCCAACGAGAGCACAAAUGCAAUUCAAGUCCACAUCGCUAUUCCCUUCGACUUCCAAACUGGCAAGAAAAGAUCUCCUCUUGAUCCAGUGCGAGUGAGGAAGGUGUUCUCAGCUAAAAUGUCAACGCCUGUCGACCUGGAAUACCAAGUUCAUUCGUUUGAGGGCACUGUCGAUCCCACGACAGAACAGACUGUCACCACCACCAGCAAAAGUACCACCGCUGCUGUCAGCUCCCACGUGAGCGUAGAAGGAGCGCUGUCACCAGGCAUGUAUCUCUUAGUCGACAAACCAAAAUCUGGUUUUGCUCUUAAACCAAUCAAAGGCAAAAUAAAUUUAUCCGAUUUAAAAACGCGGCAAGUACCAGCUACCACUGCUAGCAUGUCAGAAUCUAAACCAACUGAAACUAGAGAAGAAACUAAGAGCAUAGCAAGAGUGACUCUGAGCAAAGACUUCAUAGCAGCGUUCAAUAAACAACUGAUACAGAUGUACGAAAACGUGAGCCGAGCGACCCUGGAGCACUCUAAUAAGCCGCGGAAUGAAAGACAAAUUUGGAAAUCUCGAGAGAUAAAAGCAGUGACCGAAGAAUAUACAGGUGACGAAGAAAAAUACGUGUUCAAGAGACGCAUUGACUGGGACGCUGUCAAAAAGUAUUUCGGACAUGAUAGAGUUUGUAACUGCAAGUGUAAAACUGAUAAGGCAAUGUGUAAAGCGUGCGCGGCUAGCGACGCUGUUAUAGACGAACUUAUAUUUGAGUUCGACAACAUAGGCCAGUACAUGAAGGACCACUGCACGGAAAUACAAACGUUCUUCUGGAUGAACCCUGGCGGGGGACAGAAGCUGAGAGACUCGGUGAGCAGGAUCGACAAGAGUUUGGCCGACUACUACAAAAGAGUCAGAGGAAAGUGCCAAGGAAGAACUUGCAAGACUUUUACUACUUACAUUGACAAGAGACAAUUAUUGGUGAAAACUUCAAAAGAGACCAGACCAGAUUCUUUGACACACAUGAACAGUGAGUUAGCAGUUCUCGCAGACGACUUGGACAAAACUGUGUCCUUACAAGCAUGCUUUAAUCAAAAACUUAUAGAAGAAGGCGACAAGUUUAUCAAUAUACUAAAUAAAUGUAUUAUGAAAAAAUCAAUAGAGAAACGAUCAAACUCGCCGCAAAGUCCACCGAAGAAGAAAUUGAUUAAAAACGUUUACUCCCUCGACAAUAUCAAUGUUAAUAUAAUUUGUAAUCCAGAAAGUUCUCCUUCAUCUGAAUCGUUUGAGCACACGUCAUCACUCGCACCACGUCAAGACGUCACGUCGUCACAUCUCAACGACCCACUCUUCGACUACGUUCUUGCAGAACCUAAACAUAAAAAGCGCAAAGGAUUAAAGAAGUUGUUUCCACGCAAGAGUAAAAAGAAGUUUUUCACAUAUUACACCUCAGACUACACUAAGCGACCACGCCUGCACUUCAAACGGCAGGUGAACUACGGCAUGAUGACUCCAUUGAUAUCUGACGGUGGUGGCGCAUUCUGGUAUGAUUACAUAAAACCCAGCACAAACGAACCUCGCGUGGCCAGAGAAUCGAAACAAGAUAAAUCCAUUCAAAUCGCUGUAGUACAGAAAGAGGCGAAUGGGGCGCCAAAAAUCCAAAAGAUAAUGGACAAAUCCGUUCGACAUCCUACUUCGAACGCUUUGUUUAUGGCUGUGAAGACUACUCCAAAGAGGAAUUUCAGGGACACAGAAACUACGAUCGAUUACUUGACGCACAACAUCAAUCAAUUACUGCAACUGUUUGGGAGUCUACAGGACAUAGAGACAAUGAAUAAAAACUCUAACAGAUCCACAAUGUUUCUAAAUCACACGGCAAAGCUUAAGGAUGAUCAGACUAGCAAAAUUCACACUGACUCAGAUAAAGCAGCGCUAGAAAAAAAAUCAACUAAAUGUAUUAAAAAAGUCAAAACCAAAAUGCAUUAUAAAACUGAUGCUACGACAGAAAAACCUACAACUACUAAACUGAAGGCGAAAACAACAACAACAACAACACAACAAACCACACUAACUACUGAACACACGGAAAAACAAAGCCAACAUGAUGAAAAAGAUGUCACACUAAAAGAAAAACAAAUGCAACAAAAUAUAAAAGAACCUGUUUUGAAAGAAAAACAAUUAGAACAACAUGAAAAGGAAUCUGAGUUAAAAGAAAAACAAUCUGAACAAAAUGAAAAACAAUUUGAGCAAAAUUAUAAACCUUCUGAAUUAAAAGAUAAACAAUUUGAACAAAACGAUAAGCUUACCGAAAUAAAGGACAAACAAUUUGAACAAAAUGAUAAACCUUCUGAACUUAAGGAUAAAUCAUUUGAACAAAAAGAUAAGCAGUUCGAACCAAAUGACAAACAGUCUGAUCAAAUUGAUAAGCCCUCAGAAUUAAAAGAGAAACCUUCAGAACUAAAAGACAAACAAUUUGAACUGAAUGACAAACCUUUAGAACAAAUUGAAAAACCCUCUGAACUAAAGGAAAAACCAUUUGAACAAGGCGACAAACAAUCUGAACAAAAUGAAAAACAGUCUGAUCUCAGAGAAAAACAAUUUGAACAGAGCGAAAAACAACCUGAUCAAAUUGAUAAACCAACUGAACUAAGAGACAAACAGCCUGGCCAAGUAGAUAAGCAAUUUGAACAAAAUGAUAAGUCUUCAGAACUAAAAGGGAAACAGUUUGAACAAAACGACAAAACUUCAGAAGAAAUCGAUAAACAAUUUGAUCCAAAUGACAGAUCUGAUGGGGUGACAACUAGCUUAGACACUCAUUUUGAUUCGCUGGAUACAUUAGAAUCAAAGAUAGAGAACGGAACAUCAAACUGCAAAACAACAAAUGCGACCAAAAGCACAACUGCGGCACCUGAACCUAAAAAGUCUGACUGCUGUAAACAAAAAUGUCCACCAAAUCCCCUAAAUGCCAGCGAUACUAUAAUCAUACGGGAUACGACCAGUCUGAUGAUGGGCGGGAAAUCCAGCAAAGAUAAAACAACCAAACUUGGAAGCAUAUCCACCACUAUAAGCCCAGCAAAUAAGUCAAGUCUAGAAACGACUCCAACAAAAAAGGAUGAAUUUGCCGAUCCUAAAGCACCAGUUUUUGACGAGGGAGAAACUACCUCGAAAGUUACUACAACAUCUAGAAGUUUCUUGGGCAAACUGAAAACGGCUACGUUGAAGUUUUUCGACAGCGUCACUCAUAGGCCAAAACAUCCUCAGAAAACAGUAAAAACAACCACUGAUACUACUACCGAGACAACGAUAUCCACGCGAGCAAUAGAUAAAAUUAGCAGCACAGAGACUGACCCUAUGUAUUUCGAUGACACUCAAGUCACUACACGUAUAAGUCCAACUAUAGUCAUAAUAAACGAAUAUGACAAUCAGAUUAACAGCGAUAUUUUAGAUGAUCCUAAUAAAGACGCGAAUGGAUAUAGAAAUUUGUUACUGUCCAUAAUACAGUACGAAACGAACAAGUUAAAUGAUGAAUGGCAUAGAAUUGCUUAUGGCGAUACAGAGGAAGUUGGUCUUAAAAGGAGUGUUUCACAGAUAAAUAGACUUCCAACUACAACUACGCCGACCAAAUCAAAGAAGAAGCCAAAACCAAAACAAAAAGUGGCAACUGCUGCUGAUGAAGAGUACGAUGUCAUCGAGGGCAUGAAGGCUUUGACGAACCUGGAGAUACCAGAACCUACGGCGAAGACCCGGAAACCAGCAGGUCUACUCAAUAAGAUUGUUAACAAAAUGGGAAUUAAAGUGGUAGCUCCCGAGAAAAAGCAGGCAGUCAAGAAGCCUACCCUAAGGGAGGUGGGGAGCCGCAAGAAGCUGAAUAGGAAGCGACGAUUGAAGCUCAACAGCUGGAAAAUGGAGCCUUCCACCAUGCCGGACAUUGAAAAGGCCUGUGAUUCUCGUCGGACACCCAAAACAAGUCAGAUUUGUGACAUACAGGCCACCAUUGACCACAUCAAGUUACUACAAAAGAAAGUACCGAAGAAAGCUUUCGAGAUCUUAGUCAAAAAUAUAUCUUGCUACAAAUACAAAAAUGUUGAACAUGAAUUCUUUAUUCCAUACCAAAAAACGGGAAAGAGGUGGGAUUGGAUUCGCAAUAAGAGAUGUCUCAGAUUACAAGUCGCGAAGUUCAUUGAUGAUGAGACUGAACUGGAUGAUCAAUUCGAUGUCGUAAGGUUCGAUGAUGAUUCAAGUGAUUCGUUUGACAAGUACGUUAAAGGAGACGAUGGGAUUUAUAAAAUAAUUACCAGGAGGAAGAGAGGAGCUAGUUUGAAAGCUUUGGAUGUAGGAUUGAGGAAUAUACCGCCUUUGAAGCCUGCAGAGAAUGAAAUAUACAUCAUGGUAGGAGACUCGAUAACCUUGGACUGUGUGCCGUACAUCCCCAUAGCGUCACCCAACAAGUUCCACUGGCAUGCUGAGAGGAAAAGGAUGCUUACUCAUGACAAUGUCAAGGUUGAAGGCAUCAAGGUCACAAUACUCAAUGCAGAGCCAAAGAAUAUGGGGAGCUAUACUUGUAGUAUGGAUCAGGCGGUGCAGAGACAAGUGCAGCUGAUCGUGAUGACGAUACCAGAGUACGACGUGGUGUUCAUGCCCGUGUACAAGACGGAAGAAAGCUGCUCUUAUGAUGACCUGAAAGCUAUCCAGGAAUUGGGCCCGCUGAUGAGUAAGGAGUCAAGGUGUGGGAAGACCUGCUCCAUAAGGAUAGACGAACCAGUCUGCCAGAGAGACAGGGGUACGAACAGUUCCCUCCUCCGGUCGACGGCAGUGAUUUCCAUGACUCCAAACCACCGCGUGAACUGCAGCCUGCAGUGUAGGAGGGACAUCGCUUCCUCUAUCGUCAUGCUAUCAGCUGUCAACACUCCGUAUCUCACCGAUAUUGCUGAUACGAACGGCCACCAUGAGUACCAUAAGCUGGUGUCGACCCUGUCUCCCGGCAAGGUCGAUGUAGUGGUCAACUGUCCCGCUGGAUACUACCUACUGCCCGAGUCUAAAGUCUGUUCAUCCUGCCCUCCAAACACGAGUUCGAAGCGAGGAGACAACACCUGCAGUAGCUGCCCCCGCGGCACGAGAGCCGAACCCGGAGCCUCCCAGUGUCAAACCAUCAAAACACCCCCGCGAAGGUAUGAUUGGUGGUGGUAUCCUCCUUGCGGGUACUUGGUGGCUUGUUGUAGCGUCGUGUUCGGUUGCUCCAUGUGUAUCAUGCUGUCCGUGAUCGUCCACAUCGUCUCCCGAGACAUGGACCCCGUGGAGGUCGAGUCCAGCGACGGCGGGCGGGCACGUACACCGAAGACGGCGACCAGCGUCAUGGCUGCGUACGUGCACAGCCACACGCGACCGCUGUCUCCCUCGCGCGUCAUACUCCCUCGCUUCUUCAGACCUUCCCUGACCUCUUCCCGAGCCACCGAUUCACAAGAAACGAAGUUCGAACUAUGGAAAGAAAGAAACAUUCCACCGCCGUUGCCGCCAAUCGAUUUUGACAUUUGAAACUGCCGCCAUUUUGUACGGUCAAGAUGACAGAGACAGUUGUAAACGUCAAACUUAGCAAUUGAGCAAUUGUGACUUGAAAUAAUAAUUUUAGAGUUAGGUAAAUUGAUUGAUUUAUCAAUCUAAAAUAGAUGAUGACGCAAUUUUCCCAAAAAUAUGAUUCGAUGUUUGUAUUUUCUACAAUCAAUUUGUCGGCGAAUUUCGUGUUUUAAUCUCACUUGGACGUGUACAGAUGAGUCAGCACUUCGGAACCCUUCAACUGUGAAAUUGCUUUCAUUUGGUUUUUGACUCUGUUUCAAAAGACUUUGAGUUGAAAAUCUGUAAAGAAAUUGAGCAGAUUGUAGCGUGAUUUGCUGUCUAUACUUACGUUAAGAUUUAAAACUAUACAUUGAAGAUUCGUUGUACUGAUUGGUUGCUAUGAAGUAUUAACAUUUAUAUAAACGUUUUUGCUCUUAAGUCUUGAAAACCAUGUGGUCAAUGUAAGUAGCUUUUCCGAUGACUUUUCGCCAUACCGCACUUGAUAAUUUGCCGAAACACAAUAUUUAUUAUACCUGUGUACAAGCCCUUUUGUAUUUAAGUGUAUUUUAAUACUUUUAGAUAUAGUAUUUUAAGGAAGCGCUAUAGUUAUGUUAUAUUUUAUAAGUAUUCUUUUGUCGU